UACAGAGAGGAUAAACCGUUUUCAACAGAAAAUGAUUCAUUUUUCGAGACAAAAAAAUCUUUAUUUUAAAUAAAAAUCAAGUUGCUUUGAUGUGUAUUUCAGAAGAAGAGGAACAAUGAAUUACAGCAAUGAAUAUUUCGGUUUGGUUUGAAAAGAGCGCUUUGGCUCAGGUCGACACUUGUUUGCCAAAUAAUCUGGUAGUUUUUCAAGUCCAAAAGUUUUUUCAAUAAUUGUCAGGUUUACUUUGAGCUAAAGACAUUUUCUUCUUUCGUCUUUUUCAUGGUGCUCAGUACAAAACCAUAUUUAUACUAAUAUUUAUUGAAAUGUCAGAACAGGAAAACAAUUCUGAUAAAACUACUUUCAAAGUGAAGCAUUUGGAUGAAUAUCAUGACAUAGUCAUUGAUUGGAAUGAUAAAAGAUAUGAGUACAAAUACCAACAAUUAUUUGAUCAGCUGGAAUCAAUAACUGGAGUGCCAAAUAGAUAUACAAAAUCUCUUAGCCUGGUGCGACCUUACCCUACUACACUACCCGAUAGUUUUUGCUGUGUCAACCAGAUAGGGAUCCAAGGUAGGCGAGAUAUCAGUGAAGCACACAUUCGUGAUGGCGAAUGUUUUCGUCUCACAUUUUGUUUAAGAUUUGAAUGGGAAAAAUACAAACGUAUUGUGAUGGAUUUCAAGCUAGUAGCUGAAGACAGUAUUCCUGAAGGAGUCUGCACUUAUGAUUUCUGUCAACACCAGUACAAUGAAGCUUACUUCAAAAGACUAAAAGAUAUUGUUAAUAACGAUGAAUUGAAUGAAAAAGUUACGCCGCUGGUCUUACCAUUGAGAAGAUAUUUUUGUCACGGAGCGGACUUCAUUUUCAGAAAGUUCAACAUUAAACAAUAUUUUGGAGUGCGAUGUGAUGAGCAGGAAAGGAUACUAGCUACAGUACAUCAUAUAAGGUUUGGCCCACGACCACUUUACCUAAGAUCUGCAGGUUAAAUAUCUGUAUUUAAAGAAUGAACGAAUUAACUUUAUGUGAUUUUCACAAUAAACUUUUCCAUUUGAAUUCC